GUUUUCUCUGUGAUUAUGUCAUGCUGAUGAAGAUUUAAUAAUCGAAACGCGUCCAUGCACUAUUUGUUCAGUGAGACAUCAUUGGCGUCACGGUAACAAGAAGUGACGCAGUCGUUUUUGUUUUGCAAAAAUCAAGGCAAAAAUAUUUUGGGCGGGUCUGAAAGCGUUUUGCGUGUGUUAGUUGAUGAUUAGAUCGGAGUUUUGAGUUAUUUGAGUGAUGUAUGGGGUGGCCACGGUGCCGGAGCCCCUUGCUGGCUGGCCCCCUGCUGUGGCAUCAUUCCCCUCUCCCGAUGCUGUUGACCCGGCCCACAUCCGCUGGCACUACAAGAGCGACUCGGACAAACGGUGGACGCCAUUCGACGGCUUCGACUCGCUGACGCUGGAGCAGCACUACCGCCACCUAUUCCCGGUGCCGGGCGACAGCAGUGCCACCUAUCCGUCGGAGGCGGCCGGCGACGGCGAGGCGACGGACGUCAGUCAGCUGCUGAGUCGCGCCGGCCGCCAGCAGGCGUUCCGCGGCCCGCCGGCGGCCUACUCCGGCUCCUCGUACCCGCACUACGACAGCGUGUCGGCGGCGGCGGCGUACGGCGCGGCGGCGGCCUACAACGGCGCCGGGCCGCACGCCAGCCCGUCCCACGUGCGCCUUCAGCACGGCCCGUCCGCGCCGCACGCCACGAACGGCUCCUGUCCCGGUGUCGGUGUCUCGGGCAGCACGGGCCGAGUGCUGGUGCGCGGCGGCAUGUACGAGGUGUCGCUCCGGGAGCGGGUGGGCCGCUCGCUGUACUGGUCGGGCGAGCAGUUCACCGUGUGUCGCGGCGCGUGGUUCUACGACGGUAGCUGGGAGCCGCUGGAGCAGCCGGUGGCAGACGCCGUGGAGGCCGAGCACCGGAGACUGGCGCAGUCGGGCGCCUGGAGCCAGGCCGACCCGCGCGCCGCCAGACAGGCGAUCCACCACGUGGAGUUUGACAAGUUUGUCGUGGUGUGGUACAGUAACGGCGACGUGGCCGUACACAGCGGGCGCGUGCUCUCCAAGGUGAUGCGCGGUCUCUACCAGAAGCUGGGCUUCGAGGGAGCCGGUGAGCCGCUGCGCCGCUCGUACCCGGUUCCGGCCGUGUGGGAGGACCGACUGCAGGACAUCACCCACCUGAUAUUCGUGGUGCACGGCAUCGGACAGAAGAUGGACUCGAGCUCCAUCAUCAAAAACACCGCCAGUAUGCGGGCGAUCGGGCAGCCGCUGCGCGACAAGCACUUUGACCCGUCGGCGGGUCGUGCCGAGUUCAUACCGGUCGAGUGGCGCUCGGCGCUGCAGCUGGACGGCGGCACCAUCGACGCCGUCACGCCGCACCAGAUGCUCGGCCUGCGGCAGAUGCUUAACGACUCGUUCAUGGACAUCAUGUACUACACAUCCCCGCUGUACCGGGAGGAGCUGCUGUCCGGUCUGCGCGGCGCGCUCAACUCGGUGUACGCCAGCUUCACGGGCUGCUACCCGCAGUUCGAGGCGCGCGGCGGCCGGGUGUCAGUGGUGGCCCACUCCCUGGGCUGUGUGAUCCUGCACGACCUGGUCACCGGCUGGCGGCCCGGACACGACACCGGCGUGGUCUCUUCGGCCGCUGCUCAGCUCAGGGGCCACGGAGCGCCAUUCCACGAGAUCGACAGGCUGUGUGGCUUUAUUGAGACGGAGGUGAUUCACAAGAUGCACCUGGGCCACGGCUCCUCUCUGCGCUUUAAGAUUGACAACCUGUUCUGCCUGGGCUCGCCACUGGCCGUGUUUCUGACGAUGCGCAGCCAGUCGUGGGGCCCGCACGUGGUACCGUCCACCCUCUGUCGGCGGUUCUUCAACGUCUUCUACCCGCACGACCCCGUGGCCUACAGAAUGGAGCCGCUGGCGUCCCGCUACUACACCCAAGUAGCGCCCGUCCAGGUGCACCCGCACACGGCGCCCAACAAGGCGCGCUACUGCGACCUGCCGGCCGAGCCGGUCAUACGGCCGGACGCCGAGACGGCGCCGUCACAGAGUCAGCCGCCGGCCACAGCUGCCAAACAGGGCUGGAGUCUGUGGACCCUGAUGAAGGGCGAGAAGGCGGCCACCCGGUCAGCCAGCUGUCCCGGAUCGCCCAUGCAAAGAACCGCCUCCGUCGAUUUGGAGCACCGCUGGGACUACGUGCUACGCGAGUCGUCGGGUAUCGGCGGCUCGUACCUGCAGGCGCUCACCUCGCACUCCAACUACUGGUCCAGCGCCGACCUCGUCUACUUCAUCCUGCACCAUGUGCUGACGCCCGAACAGCCGACGGCCGGCGGGCACAUGUAGCCGGCCGGAACGCAGCGGUGGCCCGUCCGGUCCCUUCCCGGCCAGUCCUGUAACGCCCGCCAGCGCUGAGGGGCUGCACUGAACGGCGGGCUGAGGCCUAGAACGACGAGCCUGCCGUGAUUCGUCCGUGGAUACCGCGAGGUCCAGCCGGGCCUCUCUGUGAUGGAGGAUAUACCGGUGGUGCUGGGGUGCGACGAGCCACCACAAACCGUCCGACGGUCCGAGGUCGGACCGUCAGUCUCGGCUGGGCCGCGGUCUGGACAUGGUCUCGGCUGGUUGGUCCGCAGGGAUCACGGCAGACCGACCUCGUCAGCGCCUUGGCUAAAUGUGCAUGCGUUUGACUCGCCCGUCUUUCGGAUCGCUUCACAUUCCACGUGGUCGAUAUUGUGCACGCGCUAUGACGCGGUUUUAUACAUUAUUGUUAUAUUAUUAUUAGCUAGUCGAGAAUGUGAGCUCACUCUUGUGAUAUUGCAUGCUUUAUCUAGUCAGCGAAUUUUGCCCUUUUGUGGCACUAUGCACUUGCAUGUCUAUUUGCGUGAAUCAAAGCGACUAGUGAUAGGCGCGGCGGCGUUCCCCUGCGCCGGGCGGUCUCGGCCCGUGUGUCGGCCGUCUCGGUUCGUUACGCAGCGCGGCUCUCCGGCCGGCGGAGAGCCUGGAGGACCCGUGAACGGCCCUUGACCGGCCGGCCGGCACGGCACGCCCCGGGCCGCCGCUGAGGGCCUGCUGGCCACCGGAGAGGCCGCAAAAAUCGACUGAGAGCGCGCGCGCCGAGCCGCUCCCCGGCCACAAAGAAGAUCGGCUGCUUUGUACCGACCUGCGGCCUCGUCUGGCUUCCACUGUAUCACCGCUGUGUUUGCGACUCGGGUUGGAAUCGUCACCGCUCCGUCUCGCCUUCUGUCUCUGGUUUCAUCUCAUCUAUAUUCGCGUUUCACGUGUCCUCCUUCCUCCCGAGUUUGCUCUCCCGCACAGUUCGUUGUUCACUCUGCUGCGCCGUGAUUGUGCGGCUGCUGCAUCCUUCGCUCUCCUUCCCCGAGUUUCACAAAGUUUUCUCUUCCUUGUUCUGCCUCGCCCGUCUGUUCCAGCUUCUCCGUUCCGCUCCGGACUUGUUUUCAGGGACUUCUCCGCUCGGUUAACAACUCUGCUCUGCUUCGUUCCCUGCUUUUCUGUCCAAGCUACUUUCCUCGCUCCACUCUCCCCUGUUCCGCUUCUCUGUCUACUCUUCUCUCCACUCCUCUCGCCUCCCUGCUCCGUUCCUCUACCUCAGCUCCGUUCCUCUCCGCUCCGCUUCUCUUUCCCCGCUCCUCUGCCGGGCCGGUGCGUCGCUCGCCUCCCGGUCUCCCGGCCGGCCCGGGCCGCUCGCUCGCCGCGCGGCCGCCGGUCGAUGGCCGCCCAGGUGGACUCUCCCUCUCCCUCUCCCUCUCCCUCUCCCUCUCCCUCUCCCAGUCACGGGCGCGCGGCGCUCGUAAACGGUUCGGCGCGGCGGCGGAGCGGUGCCGAUUUAUCGGCAGACAGAGAUUCAAUCCGCUCCGACUGGACGCAACGCUGACGUGCCGCGGCAUCGAGCGGCGCAGCUUUGAUUUCACUUGGAAAUCGGCCUAUGCAGAGCAGCUGCUGAAGUGUUUAGUCGCGCUGCCGAGCCGGGAUCUUAGGGUCGGGCUGGAAUUGAUUACGGAACGGUUUCCCUUGUCUGGACGUUUGCUGUACUGGUUUUUUGAUGCUCAGACGUCAGUUCGGGUCGGGGUUGCUGAGGGUGAUGUAUUUGGCCCAUGUCUGAAUAUGAGCCCUCUCUCCGAGAUCGGCUCGCUGGCGCCUGGAGCGUUCGAGCACGCCGCGGGUCGGCCUGUCGGCUGCAGGAGGGGUACCAACUACCAAACCAGCCUUCUGUCGGUCACCAGUGCUCUGCAGGGUGGAAAUUCGCCGUCGCACUGUCAGUGGCUGGCUCACGCUGGUGUGGGACUGGAUUUCCUUCCCUCGUCCGGCAGCUGCUGCUGACCGGUACCGGUAAAACCCGGAGCCCUCUGAGGCCGACUGAGGGCAGCAGAUGACGGGCCGUCCGCGCCUCACUGCCCGUGCUGACGUGUGUGGGAGGAGUCUGACUGACUGUAUACAGCGGGCGGCGGCACCGCCUGCACUGGCCUUAUUCCACCGUCGGCAGUCGGCCGACAGCGACUCGCUGCUGAGGGGGCCGACGAACAGCUAUCUUGUGAUACACAGUGCCGCGUGUGUGUGAGCUUAGUUGGAUGUUUUGUUUGUGAACGAAUCCCUGGGAGUAGUUAAUUUGACUUUCACCACGCUAGUCAUUUUUUUCUCGCUAUUUACACCACCAUUGUCUACGGUGAAGCCAGCGCAUGCCAUAUUUAUUGUUAUUGGUUAAGUUAAUAACUGUACAUUCUGUUUGCGCCUGUUAGCUGUGAUUUUGUUUAGACUCGCAUGAUGGUGCUUUCGUCAAUGCAGGCAGCCACGUCCUCAUGCCAGAGCGAUGCAGCGUAUGUUUCAAUGUCGCAAUAUACCGGGGACUGGCGGUCUUGCGGGGGGGGGGAGGUGCGUGUGAGAGUCGCUGCUGCCUAAUAUGGCCGCCUUUUCUUCUUAACUGAACAACGACCAGUGUGAAUCACGUUCAUAUUACAAUACACACCACCGUGAGAGGUGACAAUGGAG